UGGUGCCAUCCUGGUUGAAGUCCUUAGAACCUUCUCCAGCCUUGGCAGAACGCACACAAAAGGAAAACUCAGUGGAGACAAUUCUGGGGCAGUUGGCAUCUGUUGAGAAUCUUCUCUGUACAGGCUGUCAUCAAUUUCAGGAUGGACUCUCUCGUGGCAGCCAACACCAAAUUUUGCUUUGAUCUUUUCCAGGAGAUAAGCAAAGAUGAUCCUCAUAAAAACAUCUUCUUCUGUCCUCUAAGCCUCUCAGCUGCCCUUGGCAUGGUCCGCCUGGGGGCCAGAAGCGAGAGUGCACAGCAGAUCGACCAGGUACUACACUUCAAUGAAUUUUCCCAGAAUGAAAGAAAAGAACCCGAUCCCUGUCUGAAAAGCAAAACACAGGAAGUGCAGGGGGACAGCCCUCUGGAGGCACAGAAAGAAACAACGGAGCCUCUGACCCUACAGGAUGAGUCUUCCAGUGAUGAGAGUGGACUGCUCAGUUGCUACUUCGGGAAGCUUCUCUCCAAGAUAGACAGGAUCCGGGUUGAUUACACCCUAAGUAUUGCCAAUAGGCUUUACGGAGAGCAGGAAUUCGAGAUCUGUCCGGAAUACUUAGAUGGUGUGAUUGAAUUUUACCACACGACCAUUGAAAGUGUUGAUUUCCGGAAGGACUUCGAGAAGUCCAGACAACAGAUUAACUUUUGGGUUGAAUCUCAGUCCCAAGGUAAGAUCAAGGAACUCUUCAACAAGGAUGCAAUUGACAGUGCGACGGUGCUGGUGUUGGUGAAUGCUGUUUACUUCAAGGCCAAAUGGGAAAAAUAUUUUGACCCUAAAAACACAGUUGAUGCCCCUUUCUCUCUAAAUGAGAAUGAAAAGAGGACUGUGAAGAUGAUGAACCAAAAGGGCCUGUUUCGAAUCGGUUUCAUAGAGGAGUUGAAGGCACAGAUCCUUGAAAUGAGGUAUACCAAGGGGGCACUCAGCAUGUUCGUCCUGCUGCCUUCUUGCUCUGCAGAUAAUGUGAAGGGCCUGGAAGAGCUUGAAAGGAACAUCACUCAUGAAAAAAUAGUGACCUGGAGCAGCUCAGAGAAUAUGUCAGAAGAAACAGUAGACGUCUCCUUCCCGCAGUUCACCCUGGAAGAUAGCUACGAUCUCAAUUCUAUUCUACAGGACAUGGGCAUCACGGAUAUCUUUGAGGAAGGGAAGGCUGAUCUUACUGGAAUCUCUCCAAGCCCCAAUUUGUACCUUUCAAAAGUUUUCCAUAAAACCUUUGUGGAGGUGAAUGAAAAUGGCACCCAGGCAGUUGCUGCCAGUGGGGCUGUUGGCACAGGAAGGUCCAUACCUUCCUGGGUGACGUUUACUGCCGAUCACCCUUUUCUCUUUUUCAUCAGACACAACAAAACCCAAACUAUUCUAUUCUAUGGCAGGGUCUGCUCUCCCUGAACGGAGCACACUGUCUAGUAACCCGGGAGCUGGAAGAAAGUGGCAGAACGGUCUCCCGCUGGCAAGAACAUGGGAAUUUGCAUUCUUGUUGAUAUCUAAAGCUGACCGAAUUCUGCCACAGCUCCAUGCCCCCUUCCUCCUGCCACUGGCCUGAGCUUGUCCUGAUCCUUUUCUCACCCUGUAGCUGACUUUCAUCUACGUCCAUUAAUACCAAAAUCUCUGGCUCCCUCCCUAACCUUUCACCACAUUAAGCUUUCAAGUAUAUAAUUCACCCUUGUGACCUUGAAGGUCAGUGUAAUGUACUGACUUUAAGUUCCCUACUUCCAUAUAAAGGAAUCCUGGAAGUUCAAGUUAUUAGACCACUUCUAGGGGAGGAUAAAUUCAGAAACCACUUUAACAUGGGCAACAGGAGGAAAUGUUUAAAUGGAAUGUGUUUUGGAAAUUCAGCUCUAUUUCUAUGGUAGUUAAAACCAGGGGUCACUGCUGGCCAAGACGCCCUGCCUCUUUCUCUCCCAUCUUCUUCUACUGCAUGGAAGAUGCCCUGUAAGAUGCUUCUCACCUAAGGGAAAAUCCACCCACCAGGGGUGGAUUUAAGUGAGAGCUCAAGGACAGAAGCCUGCCCUGACCAGCACUCGUUCUGCGGUCAGGACAUGUUUUGCGAAUCUGACAUUGACCUAGGGGAGCGGCAGUGGAUUUAAAAAUUAGUCUCAGCUUUCCUAAUUGAGUCUCCUAGGCCAUCAUCAUGAAGCAUGAUCCUCUGUGUCUUUUCACCCCUUCCUCAGAGAAUUCGCCUCUGUAGUUACUCUUAAAUACCCAACAAGUUAGGUGGGGGAGGGGAGCGCUGCCCCCCCUGUAGACUGCUGGCUCCCUAACCCCCUCAGUCAGGAGUCUGCCACAUGGACCUAUCUCCUCCUGGAGGCCUUAUGCUGGGUCACGUCCUGAGAGCUGGCCUGGGUCUGGGCAUGAUGCAUGUGGAAAUCUAUAUCAAGAACGUUGUUGGCUUCAUAUCAAUCUCUAGUCUACUGAAAGCCAGAUGCCCAAGUGUUUAAGACUCUAGAACUGGGACUUUCGUUCUCUGAUACGUCUGUCUGAAUUCUUGAUCUCUGCCUUAGCUGAACGCUCUGGAAUGACUAUUACCAAUGCCUAACUCAAGGAAGUGGAGAAUCAUUCUGUCAAGGUGAAUUUCUGGUCUUGUCCGUGGCCCCAUUUCCCUGCCCUGCCCUGCCCUAUGAGCAUCCUCCUCCCAGUUGCCACCGUGUUGGUUAAGGGUGGCUGUGGCUGUUUUUGCAAGAGAAGGUAGGUUAAGUUCAGCUGGUUAAGUCAUGCUGGCCCCCGUCCCCCCAUUUGCCUCUAUAUUAAUGAUUUCUUUGUGCUGUGAAGGACAAGUUCCAUGUUCCUCAUACAGGCUUCUCAUUGUCAAAGGUUGUUUGUGGUAUAAAAAAUUUCUCCUUGAUAAUGUGAGGCAGCUUGAGGUGGCUCUCCCAAGUCCUUUCCACAGAAGGCAUGUCCCAUGGGUCAAAUUUAUGUCAGAUAAUAAAAUAUGUAGUCACUUCUGUGGUUCUUUUUGGGGCUAACAUUUUGAAGAUUCCAUGCCUGACCUGUCGUUGCUGUUGGAUAUGAACUCAAUAACUAUGACCUUUGUGAAGGUUUGGCAUUGUCUGGCAUCGCUAUGUUCUUAUUCUUUUCCUUGAUAAACACAUCUUCUCAUUGUUUUGGGCUCUCUCAGAAUUUUAAUCACAAAGAGAAAGUGUAUCUCCUUAUAAAAAUGAGAGUGAGAGUGAGAUUCUGUGAACCAGUAAACUUACUAAUCUUCAAUUGAUUAAAAUGUUUCUUCUUAGUAAAUAAAACACUUUUGUCAGUUAAAAUGUGUACAUUAUUUUAUGUGCCAACUGACUUUUUUAGUGACCUAAACCUAGCUUUAAUUUUUUUCAUCCCCAAAUAUAGACAUACAUACUCUACAAAACUAACCAUUCAUCUCAAUUAUGUUGGAAAGAUGUAUCUUGUGCCAGAAAAUCUUUCUUAACUUUCUACCGUAAUUAUAUAUGAAGGCAUACACAAACUAUGAAAUCUUUCAAUGAUUCUAAAAUCUAGGAGUGAUAUCCAGUGGAUCAUCAAACUUGGAAGACGUUUCUACUGACUACAAGUUAAGAGCUGGAAGGAAAACCUCAACAAGUGGUUCCCUGUAUAGUGCCACCCCUGUGUCAGUCAGCUUUGUUCCCUCCCAUUACUGGCUUCACUGGGGUUCAGAAACACAAGAGCCUUGCCAGCUUAAAUUCCAGACAGCUACUUCUCUCCUUUGUCUUUGCUGUGGUCUCAGCCUCUGUCUUUCUUGUCAUUUUUUUUCUUUUUGCCGCCAUUUGAAGACUGAUUGAUACUCCUCCAAUACAACGCACAGGAAAGUGAAGAGAGGGUAUUGGCAUUUUCUACCUUGGGCAGUUUAGACUUCACAAGGAGAGUAUUUUUGGUGGGACAAAGACAGAAAGAACGCUGGUGGCAAUGUUGUUGGGUUUGUAUACUUCAUUUGUCCCCUGUCUUUGAAGUGUCAGAGAGACUGACCAUACAGGGAAGACAGGAUUCUAACUUAGUUCUAUGGAAUCAGUAUAUGGAAGCCUAUGAGAAACUGGGAAUUAUGCUCAAAUUUAGGAGUUCUUUUCUCUUCAUUCUUGUGCCAGUGAGACUGACCUUUUAAUAUGGCAGCCAGAGGCACAGAGAACAUGCAAGUCCGUGCAUGUUCUGUAAGUGCUAGAAAAUCAGCCAGAGCAUUCAAAUCUGGGAAGUGAGCUCCUCCGUUUCUAAUUCAUGAUUCCCUCCACCCAGCAAGGUUGACAGGUAAGACAAAAGAAGCAACGUAGAUUCCAAAAUAACUGAUUCAUUUACUCUGAGUACAAGCAUUCUGGGAAGAGAACCACUAACGUGUCGUACUCAAUAGGCUCUCUAGUGCUCUCCAGGUCACAGGAUUUGUACAUUUUAUUUUAUUUUGACUUCAGCCCUCCUUAUGAUUUCAUACAUUACCUCAUGAAUCUUUCCCCCUCAGACUCCUCCCCAGCUUCUUCUUGAGCUGGAGCAAGCCAGAACACAUGUUGCUUCAUCCUUGAUUGCUGUUUAUCUUUUGCAUUUGGAUGUGUGGCCUUUUUUUUUUUUAUUACAGUAUCAUUAACCUUAGGUGGAGGCCCUAUGAUUGGGAUGAUGGGUGAGGAAACUGUGCGGUGUCUCAUUGGGUUUCCUUGCUCCGUAGUUGAAUGCCAACAUCAGACGUGUUCUUCAUUCACAUUACUCGUGUUGUGUUCUUGUUUUUCCAAAUCUACUGUGUUAUUCUUUUUUUUAAACUCUCUAUAUAAAACACAAGAUUUUAUUUAAGAGACCUCCUACCAAUGUAUUCUAUAUGCUUAAAAUUUAAUUAAAAAAUUCCCAUA